GGCAGGUCGUCACCGUAGCCGAUUUGUUCUUCGUCAGUCAGCGCGUGUGGUGAGUCGUCGUGUUCGAUCAAGUGCUCCGCUAAAUAAUUAAAAAUUUAAGUGUGUGUUCCGUCUCACCACCAGCACCGUCAUAAAACACACACCUUUCCACCGCCGACAGGGUUUUUAUUUUAAGGAACAUAGAAGUGCAUUUUCUUAGAAAAAGCGGACUGCCGUUUGGUUUUGUUUUUUUUUCUAAAUAUUUCACAAGCCGUAUACACAACCCCCAUUCUGAUUGCAUAGAUCGGACCGACGUCUCCAUUUUUGCGGAAAACCAGUAACUAAUAAUUUGUUGUAUGAGUCAGAAAGCCGAAAGACCAGUACUAUCAGGUCAACGCAUCAAGACCAGGAAAAGGGAUGAAAGAGAGAAGAAUGACCCCACGGGAUUCCGUGACGCGGUCAUUGCAGGUCUUGAAGCAGCUGAAGAUCUAGAGCAAAUUUCCAAGUAUCUUGAUAGCGCUGGUAAUAAACUCGACUAUCGUCGCUACGGUGAAGUAUUAUUCGAUAUCCUAAUCGCUGGUGGAUUACUUGUACCCGGAGGAUCUAUCUCACAAGAUGGCGAGAAACCACGUACCGAUCGCUGUCUAUUCGCAGCAUCGGAAGACAUGGAAUCGAUGCGCAACCAUGAGCAGAUCUUUAUGCGGCUUAUGCGUCGAUACAAGUAUCUCGAGAAAAUGUUUGAGGAGGAAAUGAAGAAAAUUCUGAUCUUCAUCAAGGGUUUUACUCCGCUCGAAAGGAUUAAACUCGCGCGCAUGACUGCUUUGUGGAUGGUCAACGGUUCGAUUCCUCCGCAAGUGCUGCACGUGCUGAACAAUGAACACCUCACGAAGGACGGGCUUGCGUUGGAAUUUUUGCUGGAGGUGUUCACCGUCUUCAAGCAGGAGAAGGGUAACGCCCCGCUGGUUGCGACCCUCCGCAAGGGCGGCCUUGACACCCGCCUGAUGGAAUUUCUGCCCAUGAACAAACGCAACGAGGACUACCUCAAAACGGUGCUCGUCGAGAAGGAGCUGGCUGACGUUUUCAAGCUUCACAUGAAUCAGGCAAGCCAGGAAGCGAAACGCGAACUGACCCAGCUGCUGAUUGAUGAUAUUAACGAUAACAAGGCAAUUAAGGAUAUUAUCGCCGACGCCAAGGAAAUGUCGACGAAAUCUAACAUUCCCGAGCAUGAAGUGGUUGGUCUUAUUUGGUCCACGAUUAUGUCGCUUGCCGAGUGGAACAAAAAGGAAGAACUUGUUGCAGAGCAGGCCAUGAAGCAUCUGCGAACGUACAUUCAACUGUUUGAAGCAUUCACCACCACCGACCGAUCAGAGAUGGCUCUUCUUUUGAAGGUGCAAGAGUUCUGCUAUGAGAACAUGAACUUCAUGAAGGCGUUCUCUAAAAUCGUACUGCUCUUCUAUAAAACCGAAAUUGUCACGGAGGAUUCAAUUCUCAAGUGGUAUAAAGAGGGCCAUUCGAACAAGGGCAAAAUGCACUUUAUCGAGCAGAUGAAGAAGUUCAUCGAGUGGCUGCAGAAUGCUGAAGAGGAAAGCGAAUCGGAAGAGGAGGACUAAAAUGCAUCAAGUCAAUCGGCGCGCGGCACAAGCCGCCGGCGCUGUUUCUCCUUCUGAUCGAUCAUCGAUCGCGAUCUUGCUCGUCGUUGUCUUCAUCGUUUCACACCACAAACAUCAAUCCCCUCGACGAGGUUGUUGCAGCAGAACUUUACGCAAUUACGUUGUUCUUUUUUUGACGUGUACCCAAUACGGAUAAUAAUAGCAUCGAAACAUUUUACAAAUCCCUAUACACGUAGAGUCGUUUUUGAUUUUUGAACGAAUGCCGAAUUUUGUUUCGUGUAUGUUUUUUGAUGAUAUCGUAUUGCGCGCGCCUGGUUUUGGAUAAGAUGACAAGAUAUAUCACUGUUCAAAUCAUUGGCAAAGUAAACUAUUUGAACUUCAACAUCAUCUCAGCUUAGGCAAAAGAAUAACAUCUGUCAAACGUCGGCAUUUUUUUCGCUUGCGAAGCAAUGCUCGAUCGUUGUAUUUAGUUACAUUGAUACUCGCUACUCAGAGCAAGCUUACAAGCAAGCUUUCAAGCCAAAUUCAGUGAGGAAGCAAAUCCAGAAAUGAAGAAAUUGAAGUUGAUGAAACAUACAAACAAAAAAUAUAGACAAGACCAUCAUAAACACCACACUGCUAGUAACCUUGUUUCUUAUUCAACGGGUUUUCAUUUUUUUUAAGUUCCAGAUCAUUACCGUUACCGAUCAUUAAGAGAGCUGCACUUUGAAAAAGUUUGCUUUUGCAUCCAAACCUUUGCUCGCGGAGAACUUUGGUACAUGUUUUCUUAUCGAUGACACUCGUUAUAACAGUUAUUGUUUAAUCCAACCCACAACCCUCGUUCUCACACUCUUUAUUAUCAUAGCCCAACUGAUCAAUCGUCAACGAUCAACUACUUCUUCGUUAGUGAUCGUAUGGAUCGUAAAAAUGGUUUCGUUAGUGCCCAAAUUACUGCUACCAGAAUGACACCAUCUCCUGGAAAUGGCCGUAAGCAACAUUUCCAGUUCGUCUUGAGAAGGCUUUAAGUCGAUGGUUACGGGUACUAAAUCAACAUAUUUACCAAACAACGAAAACUCCACAGCCUCGUUAGAAAUAAAUUCGGAAACAUUCAUUUCGUCCCGUUCGAGAAUAAAAUCGAUGGAAGAUAAAUGGCAGAAAUUUUUAUCGACAGAUUUAGUGUUCUCAUCGGCGGACAGCACAGAUAAACAUCGCAACAUAUUUGGAAAGACCAUUUUGACCAAGAGCCUAACGCCAAAUAAAGCAGAAAGAUGGUUUGACUAAAUUCUAUAAUACGUGGUACUCUAAACCCAGAGUCACCAAGCAUUGCAAGCAACUUUAAUCGAUUUCAAUCGUACACGCUGGAUUGAAGCGAAUCCCUAUGAAGCCCAAGUUGUCAUGCAAUGGUCCAGAGCAGGGUGGUAACAGGUCAAAUGUAUUGCCGGAUCUCCAAAAUUCUUACACCACGUAGCGUUGAGGCCAGUUUCAGUCACAGAGUCUUCCAAAACGUGUGCUUAAUAAAGACGAUGCGACUCUUUAGUAGAACCAUCAUUGGGAUGAACCCGAGAGAGCAGUAAGUAUAGCUAGAAAAUGGUACCGAUUUAAGUGAAAACCUAUACACACAUUGCCCAGAAGCUGACGCCACGUAGCGAGAGUGUUUCAAAUAGAGCAAAAACAAAUCUAAAAAAUAGUAAACCAAAAUAGAUAAUAGUCAGCAUCAAUACCAGUAACUGUUUGUGGGAGAAAACUACAUGCACAUCAAACGGACUACAAAAGCACAAAAAGGCGUUUCCAAAGGCAGAAAAAAACAAAAGCAAGGAUCAAUUCAAUCAGUUCACAACCACCACAACAUUGAUACUUUCCUUGCGAAUGGUUCAUUAAAAUAAAGAACAUGUACAUUGAUCGUAAACAAUAUCGGUUUUUUCAGGCAAAGAAGCAAUCAACAAAUAUCCGGUCGAAAAUGUAUCGCGGGAGUAUGACCAUUGAGCCCGAGCCCAAGCAAAGGUGGCACAAUUUCUCUAAUGCGUGGUGAUAUAUUGUAUCAUUCAAAUUCAACAGAUUCAUGUUACACCACGUACAGACGUUUAUUGUUUUACUUAUAAAAAUAAUAAAUUAACCUAUCAAACGUUCCGAGGAUGCACCGGGCGUUCUCAGCGAA